AUGACGUUGGGAUUAUAUGGAAUUCCUGCAGGCAUGGCCAUGCCUAUGGCAUAUGCGAAUGCACAAGAAUAUGCUAGGUUCCAAAACAUCUACCUAGGAAAGGAAACAACUACCAGCAUUCAAGUUUUUGUACAAGACGAACUAGGCGCAACAUCGUUUGGUCAAAUCAAAGUCUUAGAUGACCUAUUAACAACUGGACCUGAUCGCAACUCAAAUAGAGUGGGUCGGGUUCAAGGGCUUAUCACAUCUGCUGACUUUCAAGAAUCAGCCCUGAAAAUGAACCUCAACUUUAUAUUUACAUCAGGGCAAUACAAUGGAAGUACAUUGUGCAUGCUGGGGAGGAAUCCACUGGGCAACCAAUACAGAGAGUUGGCCAUUGUUGGAAGCACCGGAGUUUUUCGAAUGGCCCGUGGAUAUGCCAUUACAAACACUUACUCGUAUGAUGUCGUAACUAGUUAUGGUGUUCUAGAGUACAAUUUUUAUGUUGCUUAUGUUGAUGCGUCCCGUGUGGAUCAGUGA